AUGGGUACUUCUUGCUACAUUAUGGAUCAUAAAUUAUACAAAUCUGAUUCAUAUCAAACAUCAAUGAGGUGCUAUUUAUAUAUUGCAGGGUUAUUUUCGUGUUCAACAAUCGCAUCAAAAUCUUGGAUUUAAUCAACAAUUUGCUUUUUAAUUACGAUGAUAAAUUUGACUAUCAAUUUAUGGAGAUACUUCGAUAACCUACCAAGUGACUUUUAUUCUACGAUGGUUGCAAUUUCAAUAAUUUUUUCGAUUACUGUCUAUAUAUAAGAGCUUAAUUCUAGGAAGCUAUUUAUGAUGUUUAGAGAAAAACAAGAAAUGGAAGAAAAAUCUGCCACUAUUCUCAAGUUGUUUCCUGAGUCACUAUCAAUAGUUAACUUGAAAGAAAGAGAAUUCGUCUACUAUAAUGAACCAUUCUCCCACUUUUACUAAAAUACACUCACAGAAAAAUCUUAAGUCAUCAAUGAUUUUGAAAGUAAUUUCGAGCCUGUUAAAGAUUCUAUUUCAAUUAAGAUCUAUAAUCAUGGUAUCAAUAAUAGUAAAAGAACAUAACUACUAGAAGGAUAAAAUAUCUGGGGGGUCCUUAGCUACCUAAAGACUAGAUGUUGCACAGGAAGCACUCAUAUAAGGCUAUUGACUAAAGAUCCGAACAUAAAACAAUCAAAAGUUUACUUUGAUGUACAAUAAAAACCAUUAUUUGAGGGGUCUGAUACUUAUAUGUUUGUGUUCAAAAAUAUUACUAUAUUAAAAGAGCUUGAAUAAAAUAGACAAUCAGAAAAAAUAUCUAAAAUGGCUUAUUACUAAAUGAAGAAAAUUAUAAAUUUAUUUAAGUAUCUUACUAUGCAACUCAUUAAAUGUUACGAACCAUAAAUGAAUACUAAGGCUUAUAGCAAUGCCAAGAUGCCUAAUAUGAUUAAAAUUGAUAUAGAAGAUACUGGUCCAGGUAUUGAUAAAGAAAUGCAAUCCAAAUUGUUCAAGCUUUUUGGAAAUAUGAGAUUUAAGUCACAAAUUAAUUAGUAUGGAGCUGGCAUUGGACUUACUUUCAACAAGAAGUUAUGCCAAAUUAUUGGAGCAUAAAUAGGUUUCAAAACUAUGAUAGGAAUAGGAACUACCUUUACAGUUGUUUUCAACAUUGAUUAAUAACUUACAACACAAUCUCAGCUUUUAUAAGGUUCAAAUGUUGAACAAAAUUUGUAAUCAACAAACUAAAGUAGGCUUUCAAAAAUAUCUGCUAAUCAAAAUAGAUCAAGAAAUGACAACUCGAUCAAUGCAUAAUUAGAGGAGAAAAAAUGCCAGCCAAAUGGGGGAAAAAUAACCAUAAGACUUAAAUAACCAGACGGCGAUAUCGAGGAAGAAAAAGCUCAAGGGAGCAGUAGUCAUUUCUAAACAGUAGACGAUAUUUAAUUUUCAAGAUCAUUAAUUAAUAACAUAAAAAUUGAACAAGAAAAGAAAAAGAUACUUCCACCUAUUUUGAUAGUUGAUGACGCUAAUUUUAAUGUUUACUCUCUCAAAAUGAUUCUUAAGACUAUGUUUGGAUUAGAAUCUGAUUUUUCAUAUUCAGGAAAAGAUGCUAUUCAAAUGAUAAAAUAAAGACAUUUAGAUACUAUCAUUUAUCCUAAAUCUGAGUAGUAUCGAUUGAUUUUCAUGGAUUUAAAUAUGCCUGAUAUGAAUGGCCAAGAGACAACCUAAAAAUUAAAGGAAAUGGAUGAAGAUGGAGAAAUAAAUCUAUUCUAUACAAAAUUUAUCCUCUACUCUUGCUUGUCGAAUACCAGCGAUCUCCCUUUGCUGAGUGCAUAAUUUGAUGAUGUCGCUAGCAAACCUAUAUAAAUCGAUAAUCUAAGAAUCCUAUUAUAAAAGCAUGGUCUUAUAGAUUGA